AUGAUGGUCGAGAUGCAACGAAGCCAAGACACGCCUCCGCCCGGGUUUGGCCCCAACUUUCUCAACGCGAGACCUCAUACAUACUUCCCCCCGUCCAACUCGGAUCCUACUCAGCACCGUCCAUCGGCACCCGUGCACAACCCGUCUAGGGUAGAUAUGACAACCCAAAACCCCCAAUACGCGUUGGUCUCCUAUCAAACUCCCUCACCACUUCCAAACAACCCCCCACAAAUGCCACCACACCCCCAAAAUACUCAAACAGCCCCACCACCCCAAAAUCAGAGCCAAAAUCCCACUGCCUUAAACUCCCAAACACCACAUCCCCACUUGACCCUAAGUACCAAUCCCCAAAAUUAUCCACAAAACUAUCAAACUGCACAGAACGUCUCAAGCCCUUCCAUAGCUCCACCCCUCCCUAAAAGAACAACAUUUCAAGUCCCCGUCCCGGCCGAGCAUGAGGUGCACGGCUCUGAGUUGGACCAUUACGAGGAGCAAGAAAGAGAGUGGAGGGUGAGGGAAGAAGCGAAGGCAGACAUAAAGGAGGAGAUCAAGAGGGCAAUGAGAGAAUUGCAAUGCACUCCAGACGUCGUCGGGUUAAGCUACGCAGAACUAUGCAUCCACCCAGACUUGAACCUGCCUGAAGGGUUCAAGAUCCCGAAGUUUGAUACCUUCGGAGGGGUGGGCAACCCCAUGGCACACCUAAGAGCGUACUUCAACCAACUCGUGGGAGUUGGCAAAGAUGAAGCCCUGCUGAUGAGGUUGUUCAGCCGGAGUCUGUGCGGUGAGGCCUUGGAAUGGUUCACAUCGCACGAAACUCGACAAUGGCCCAGUUGGAGAGCACUGGCUAAGGAUUUUAUAGACAGAUUCGCAUACAACGUAGAGAUAGUCCCGGAUUGGUACUCCUUGGAGAAGAUGAAGCAGAAACCCACAGAAAGCUAUCGAGAGUUCGCGUACAGAUGA